AGACGCUACCCCCCACUCUCUCUUUCCGCAAUGAAUCCACUCUUUCUUCCUCCGAUUUCUCUCCCGCCCUCCCUUCCAACUUUCCUGCCGACCGGACAACCUCACACGGGACCAUUUUCCCUCGCUACCCUAGGCCACUUUAUUGUUCAUCCUAUUUAUUUUUUUACCCUGCGGCUGGUCCGCUAUAAUGCUCUAUCUCUCGCUCAGCCUUCCUAUUCAUGGUCCAGAAGUGCCUUAUCUUGACGAAGACGCACGCUCCGAUGUGUGUAGACCGUGUUCCCACUCCAAUAAGACGCUCACAUUUCUCUAGUUGGUCAACCGGUUCGGCAGGAAGCUCCUAUGGUUACUUUCUCUCCCUCCGCAGCAGAAGUUCGACGUGCUGGGAUGUUGCAAAAAAGGUGGACAUAUUCGAUGGCACCAUCUGGUGACAGACGAAGAGGUGCUGUCGUCCGAUUUCCGAGCCGGAUGUCUGAAUACCUACGAAGUUUGGGUCGGCAUCGAGGUAAUUUCCAGGCUGUUUGCACUUCCCCCACCGCUCAUCGUCGCUUGUAGGAACCCGGUGCUGGCGUUGUUGCCAUGGAUGCAACGGAUCUGCGAAAGUUUACGCAAGCCUUCGGUGUUGAUUUGGAUGAGAUCCGGAAACUGGGGCAAGAAGAAAUGGAAUGCCUUUUUGGAUGGCUCCGCGAUGCCAGCAUGAUCGAAUGGUUUCUGCUGCAGUACCAGAUGCCUGUCAAUAUUAACUCGUCUGAACCCCUGGGAAACUACAACUUAACCCCCUCUUGGAACGCGAACGCUGGUGACGAAUUUGAUUGCUUGUUGGAACAGUCUGACUCCUUCCUGGAGCAAUACAACCCUACCGCCGAGCUGCCGCAUACUGUUUCUCCUCAGCAGGAACCAGUCACGCCUCCCCAAUUCAGUGCAGAAGCGUCCUCGUACCCGACACCUCUUUCCUCCGUCAGCUCACCCCCGAGGGGUCAGCCACUUUCCCCUCCAGCCCCCGGACACGGCCAAGUACGAUACCAAUUUGUUCAUUCUCCACCAUCCACUGACAGCCCUUUUACGGCUUCGUCUUAUCCGACACCCGUCACAUCAUCUAUCAACUCUCCCCGCGGAGACGAACCAAUGGCCCCGCUGGAUUCCAACGUUUCAAGCCAGACGAAGCGACAACUGUUGCAUUCGUGCAGGUUUGGUGAAGACGGCAAUGGAUCCUUGGAGGAUAAACAAAUCACAUCAACCCUUAGAGCUGAAGCUGGACUCCACUUGGAUAACUGUACCAGGCUGCUGCAGCCCCUCUUGGAUGACAGAGAAGAUGAUCCGCCGGCCUUAGAAGCCCUUGGCCUUCCCCUUCAAUGGAGAGGUCUUGAGGGUGCUGUGAUUUACUAUCGCAUGCUCGAGGCCGCGAAGAAGAAGUCAAACCUCAGUCUUCUCGCCAAACGGAUUGCACAGAUACUGUUUUACCUCAACUAUAGGUGGCUGGAAAAACAUGAAACAGGGUCUAGUAAAUCCGUCGCCACGCUCAUCCUUAACGCCUGCCCUGAAGAACCAAAAGACCCCAAGCUCAUGAAACCCCGUCGUGACAAUAUCACUGGCUAUCACAAGCGCCGAGGGGAACGAUGGUGGCUACAUGCGGCGUGUUUAGGACCUGGUGUUUUAACGCACGCUCCUGGUAUCAUGGAGACUGAAAUCAUAACCAGCUCUAAAAAGGAGAAAGUCCAGGUCUUUAUAUCGCUGAUUUUGCGCGUUCGACCAGGCAGCGUCAACUUUUUUGGCCGCUGGGCACCAGUUCUCAAGGCAAUAGCUCUUGGAGCGCCUACAUCCGAGCUUCGCCAGAUUCUUGAAGCCAGCAAUGCUGACACUGUCAGGCAAGCUGAACUAGCGUGCGCCUAUGAAUCGGAUCAGGAAGCCUUGUCCCGCCAACAAAUUGGAGAGACUUGGAUGGCGAUAGACGUCGAAUCUAUUGCAGAGAAGAAGAUAGCUGAGUUUCUCCCAGGUUAUUAA